AUAUCUACGUGACUACGUUAGUGGUACGUUAUAUAUAGGCUACGUCGGCUGACGGUGAAUCCUACAGCCAAUGUAUUGAUAACGAGUGGAUACCCUAUUCCGCUUUUAUUCAGCUCUAAAAACAGUGAUUGGUUAGUACAUAUGGGGCUCUUUAUUCAAGAGUGGGUUUUUCUAUUUGAGAGCAUGCCUCCCAUGAUUUCUCGUUCAGAUUUUGCCCGCACACUGACAAAAAAAAAAGCCAGGGAACUAGCUUUAGAGGCAGAAAGGGAUGAACGAACCUGGGUAAAGAAUAACGCCCUGUCUAGGGCGCUCCAAAACUAAAGCAAAGGCACCCACAACGAAGUAGGGAUAAUUUCAUUGGUCAACACUAAACCUGGCAUUCUAUUGGUUGGGGAAUUUUGACAGGGUUUUUGCACAAAAAAAUCCAAGAGCAGAGGAGAAAUCUAAAAGCAGAUGUUUCACGCGCGCACAGAAUCAGCCAGAGUGUGAGGAGAAGGGCUGGAGCUGGAGCGCAGGAUAUCUGUGCACGCAACAAUAUGUCUGAGUGCAAGCAUGCAGUUUGAGGAGAGGCAGAGCAAAUCUAAAUGCAAGCAGGGACUUCUUGAGUGUGGGGGCAUGGUUUUUGGGGAAAGCAUUACAAAAUCUGAACGUGAAAUCAAAGAGGCAUGCUCUCAAAUGAGUAAAACCUUUCUCUUGAAUAAAGCUGGUAAAAAAGUAUAUAGUAUAUAAAAAGUACAUUAUAUGAUUUUGAUGAUAUUUUGAGUGCUUAUAUUUGACAUCAACAUUUUAUAUAAAAACAAAAGCAGCCAUCAUCUUCAGACACAAAUAAAAACCAUUUCUAAAGUAAUCUAAUGUUCACAUAGUGUGCUAGGCUGAAUGGGUUCUAUAACUGACUAAUAUUCAUCACAUCUCUGUUGUUAUUUCCUAACACUGCACGUGCAUUGAUCGUCUACAGAAUUGCACACCCAGACUCACAUUGUCAUGUAAAGCCCUCCCACACUUUGAGUUUAUUCGUACUACAAACAGUCAACUACGUGCCACCUAGUGAACAAAGUUCUCUCUCAAAUCAAACUCUUUGAGGUCAGAGCUCUGUAAUCUGUUUGCUGUUUGCCAGACAGCCUUCGUUACAUUUAAACUUUAUCGUGUCUUGGCUCUUGACAGCAGCAGUAAAACCUUGUUUUUCACCCACAACCCCUGAAGCUAAGAGUUCCAGAUAUCUCCAGAUGCAGCAAAAAAGCCCAGAAUUUGAAUGCCAUCCACAAUCCUCCAUGUUUCACAUCCAGACCGCUGUCUGUGACUAUGGGAGCUACAUGUCAAUCUCAAUACCUACAUGAUAGUUUUUCUGACUGAUUUACGGUUUGUUAAAGCUCCUUAUGCUUUCAAUAAGAUAUUAUGACUCAAACCAUUAACUAACAGCCCUAACUGUCCCCAUAUGGCCGAUAGAAGAUCUAAUCUUUGCGCUCGUGUACAUAUUGGUUUAUGUUAUUGUACUCUGUAGCUAAUGUGAUUUCUACAGCCACCACUUCCAGGUUUCAUUAAUGUAUCCUUCUAAAGGCAGUAGUAACUACCUGAGUCCCAGAGUUCACAUGCAUUGAUUGACUGUAUUGCUGUCUUAGUCAAACACUAAUGAUAGUCCUCUACAGUGAUUUAUAUGCCUCUUCUCUGUUGUCACCAGACUCAUUAGGACUGGAAAGAGACAUUUAUCACUCGCUGUUGGAAGAUACUUUGGCUAAGGUUAUAAAAUCCAGAGUUGGUAAUUGGGUGGAGUAACUGAACAUCGUAAUGUGGUACUGUAGCAUGGAGGACUUGAUGAUAUGAAGUCACUUUACCACUUUGAAGAUACUGGCAGGAAAUCAAUAGUGAAAAAUCUGAUUCGAUAUAUUAAAAAAUCUAUAUCUAUAUAUUGUGACAAAAUGUGCUGAAAGAUUUAAGGGUGACUGUGAUGGCAACAUCUAGUAAAAAUGAUGGGGAUGCUGUCACAAAAGAUCACUGUAAUCAUUAAAAAGCUGUGGCAUUUGGCCCUGUGCUGCUAGCUUUGCACCAUGUAGUAACACUCAUUGAGUAUACAGGCCUCUCUGCACUAGUGCACAUAUGAAGAAUAUCCAUAUUAGCAAGGUAUCCUGAUUUUAUUUGGGUUGGUUUUAGUCCAGUGUUGUGUUGAAGCUUUGUGUCGGUGCCGUCAUUGUUGGCUGUGAAGCUCACUUUUUUCAGCAUGUUCCUGGGCGGGUCCUGCUAGACUUCAAACACUCCUGCUGUGAAAGGCUUUAUUAACGCUGCAGACUGAUCUUGGCAGCGUGACUCAUGCCCUCUAACUUAUGACCCGCCCAGAUCCCCCUUUCACUCAGCUCACCCACCGUCUUUUUGGUCCUCACAUCUCUGCAUCUUUUUCAUUGCCUUGUUUUUGACUUCCCCUGUUUUUUGUUCUUUGAUACAGUACUUUGUAGAAAAACAAGAAGAGAAGGCUCUGGCAGAAUUUAACAGGACCCACCACUCCUGUUGCCCCCUCUGGUCAGCUGCCCAGCAGGGCCUGCUUCUGUUUUUAACACACUGAUCACUGGUGAGCCUCUGUUUGACUCCUGGGAGUGUCUCCUUUGAUACCCACUGACAAAGCAGCAAGGUUGAGAGGGAGACUAUUCAGAUCCAAGCAAAAUAUGGUCUGAUGCUAGGCUGCAGCUACCACAGACACCAUCAUGUUCACCAAAAAGAAGAAGUCUCGUAUCCAGAUCUCCGCUCCAUCCAACUUUGAGCAUCGCGUACAUACAGACUUUGACGAGCAGGAGCAGAAGUUUGUUGGUUUGCCGCGGCAAUGGCAGUCGCUCAUCGAAGACACAGCCAAAAGGCCCAAGCCCUUUAUCGACGUCACGGUCAUCACUACUGUAGAGCCAAGCAAGACAAUUGUUCGUGGCAGCAAGCUUGGAGUGGAUGGCUCUCUGACAUGGCUGUUGGAUGAGUUUGACACCAUGUCUGUGACACGCUCCAACUCCCUGCGAAGAGGCAGCCCUCCUAUCCAGCCUCGCAAGGACUCUAGCUCUUCAGGAGGAGGAUGGCAGGAGAACGGAGAUCCUCACCACAGACACUACUCUCACUCAGACAGACAAGACAGAGACCGACCCAGAGCAGACCACCACCAGAGUGGAGUAGACUCCCGCCAGGGUCAGCGUGCACUCCGUCCUCCUCAGUGGGAUGAAGGAGUCCAGGGUCGGCCCCAGCAGCAGCCCCGGGGCCAAGAGCCCAGCAGGGCCCACAGGGACAGACCAGGCUCCGGCCCUCCUCCUCCGCCUCACAGAGACAGAGAGCAUCGGGACCGGGACCAGGUGGAUCAGCACAAUGACCACAGGCCAAAGUCCAGCUACAUGGUGCGGGAUGGCAGCCCUCAGGCUCCCAGGGACAAGAGGCCUCUCUCUGGACCCAACAUCCGCACCCCAAACCUGCCAGUAACAGAGGGGGUUCUGAAGACUGCCCAACAGACAACACGGCCGUUUAACACCUACCCGAGGGCAGAUAGUGAGGGCGGACGCAGCCCCACAGGACAGCCGGUUCGACACCAUGAAUCCUCCCCUCAAAACGGCCCCUCAAGCGGCUCCACCCGAAGUUCCUCCAGCUCCAAGCCCCCUGUAAGCCACCCACACCCUCAUCACACUUCCCACCCCAGCCUGACCCCUGAGGCCACCCAGCACCCACACACCCCUCACCCCAACGUUCCAGCCCCGCGGCCGCCUGUGCCCUCUGUGCCUCCAGCGUCAGGUGCUCCGCCCCAGGGCCGCUCACCGCAGAGGGAGCCCCAGAGGGUUUCCCAUGAGCAGUUCAGAGCGGCGCUACAAAUGGUGGUGGAUCCUGGCGAUCCGCGCACCUACCUGGACCACUACAUUAAGAUAGGGGAGGGGUCCACCGGGAUCGUGUGUAUCGCCACAGUGAAGACCACCGGGAAGCUGGUCGCAGUGAAGAAAAUGGAUCUGAGGAAACAACAGCGCAGAGAACUCCUCUUUAACGAGGUGGUGAUCAUGCGGGACUAUCACCAUGAAAAUGUGGUGGAGAUGUACAACAGCUACCUGGUGGGAGACGAGCUCUGGGUGGUCAUGGAGUUCCUGGAGGGAGGAGCUCUCACUGACAUUGUGACACACACAAGGAUGAAUGAGGAGCAGAUCGCCACGGUGUGUCUGUCUGUCCUGAAGGCGUUGUCUGUCCUCCACACACAGGGUGUGAUCCACAGAGACAUCAAGAGUGACUCCAUCCUCCUCACUCAUGAUGGCCGUGUGAAGCUGUCAGACUUUGGUUUCUGUGCCCAGGUGUCUAAGGAAGUGCAAAGAAGGAAGUCUCUGGUUGGGACACCAUACUGGAUGGCACCAGAGCUCAUAUCCCGACUGCCUUAUGGACCAGAGGUGGAUAUCUGGUCUCUGGGUAUUAUGGUCAUCGAGAUGGUGGACGGUGAGCCGCCGUACUUCAACGAGCCGCCGCUCAAAGCCAUGAAAAUGAUCCGAGACAACCUGCCUCCCAAACUGAAGAACCUGCACAAGGUCUCCCCUCUGCUCAAAGGCUUCCUGGACAAGAUGUUGGUGCGAGACCCGGCUCAGAGGGCUUCGGCCAGCGAGCUUCUCAAACACCCCUUCCUGACGAAGGCAGGUCCGCCGUCCUGCAUCGUCCCUCUGAUGAGACAGAACAGGAUGAGAUGAGACUUGUGACACUAACACCUCCAGACUCUGGAGGGAAGCGUGUGCAGGUUCAGAUGGAACAGAAUACUCCUGCACACAGAGAGGUGGUCCUCAGAGGUCAGAGGUCAUGGAUGAGAGAUCUGUGCUUCAGGCGAAACUCUCAGAAAGAGCUGUGAGCUGCGAAGUGUAAACUGGGUGUGCAGGAGUAUUCUUUUUUUCUUAUGUGAAUCACUGAACUGUGGGGAGUGUAUUCCCUUAAAAAGAGGCAAUAUGGCCGUUUGUGUGUGUGUGUGUGCGUUUGUGUGUGUGUGCGUUUGUGUUUGUGUGUGUGUGUGUGUGUAAACAUGUUGGCAACACUGUUAAUGACAGUGUUUCAUGACUCGUACAUGAGUGCCACAACUUGCCUGUUGAGUGAUUUUAGCCAAUUUCAUUUAAACAUUUUGUUUUAAUUGAAGACCUGGAAAGAUUGUGGCUGUUUUUAUUUUUCCAUUUGGACCUUACCUGGAUUUUAAGUGUGAAGGUGGGGUUUUGCACACCAAUCGGAUGCUUUGAAGGAGCCGUGAGCCUAUUUGCUGAUUUUAGGGACUGGCUGAGCGACAUUUUAAUCUCACUGUUUGGCGGUCUGGAAGCUGAAUCUUCUCACUACAAAGACUUCUCCCGCGGACAGACCAGACUUGGACACUAUCCUCAUCACACCCAGAACUUACUACUGAGGGAGGAAAUCUUUUGACUCAGAAAUGAGUCAAGCAGACUUUAUUUUGUAGCCAUAUAAAUACUAGCUUCCUGUAAACAAACAUACACUAAGUCCAAAGGUU